CGGGAGGCUUGCUGUCUCGCUCGAGCCUUCUGAUUCGUUUGAUGGAAUGGACUGCGCAGUCAGCCACAUCUCGGAUUAUUGAUGGAUGCGUUCUGCAAGCCUCUGCAGGCUGAAGCAGCGUCCAAAUUUAGCUUCAACUUGAGGCGUUGAGUCUGGCAUCUAGCGCAGGCAGCCCAUAUUCAUCCGAUAUCAUGGAAAGCAAGCUGUAAUCCGAAAGCCCAGAAAUUGCUGGUCACGUUGCUGUGGCUCUGAUGGACCGGAAACAUUGCAUGGAAGCAGCAAGAAGACUGAGCUCUCUCUUCCGGACCUCACAGCCCAGACCGCUCACAACGUGCGAGUUCAGGCCGCAGUCGCAAUUCCUGGGCGCAGAUCACUCACUCUCAUAAUUUACCCAUCGGUGACAUCAAAAGACAGUCUCCUUCCCUCUCACACCCCGAUCUUAAGCUUUUUGGAGACGUGCAGGGAUCUACCAGCCCUGGCUAGGGAUCCCAGCACGUCCAACCUCACCUCGGCUCCCUAUCCGUCAUUAGAUUGGCGGGCUGGGAGCCUGAUGGUGAAUGACGGUAACGAUGGGAAGAGGGCCCUACGUCGCUUACACGUUUCCCAUUCCGAUGCUCCGGGUUUCUGUUCGACGUGCCAAAUCGUGGCGUCAGCCCCCCCUUUCCUACACAUUUCACACCAAGAGCUGCUUGCUACCUUACCACACACACACACAUACACUAUCACACCCACCACGUCUUGCCAGCCAUCCUUCCAGCUGUCUGUACCGAUACGCGCCGUCGGAACUGCUAGUCUCCAGCCGUUGACUGCUGACUACCGGUGUCUGCAGCGAGCGCUCUCUCUAUACCGAACUCAUUCAGAAGCUUUGACAUUGUCAAUCAUGGACAAUAGGGGGAUCACGUCUGUCCUCAACUUUCGUGAUGUCGGCUCAACGGUGAACAAAUUUCUUGGAAGAAGACUCGUAAGGGAAGACUUGGUAUUUCGUUCCGCCAGACCAGGUAUGCCACGCGACUCACAAUCCUCGCAAAACACGUUGAUCCUCGGUGCUAAUUUUCUCCAAGACGAUGCCACUUUGGCGGACAGAAAACGCCUCCGCGACGAGCUGGGCAUCAAGGCGGUGAUAGACUUGCGCACAAAAACUGAACACGUCAAGCAGGCCAAGAAGCGCGAGGCCGAUCUCAAAGUGCCCACCCUUCUGGAGUCCAACGCUGCACUAGCCGAGCCAUUCCAGAUCUCGGGUCUGACGUAUCACGAGAUCAGAAUCACUGGCGGCAACUUUGAGUGGUUCUUGAUCAGACAGGUAUCUUGGUGGGGUUUGUGCCGCCUCAUCUGCCUCUUUACUCUCGGCUACCGCAAUGAGGGCAUCUCCAUCUUGUCUCGGGAGGUAAUGCUGCCGCGUGGCCUAGUUGGUCUAGGCCUUGACACCCUCGACCAAUCUGGUGAGGAGAUUGCAAAGGUACGAUUAUACCAUCCAUUGGCAGCUUGGUGCGGGUACAGGCAUCUGACGAGCUUUCAUGCGCAGGCUCUCAGAGUAUUCAUCGACCCGGCAACUUCACCGACUCUGGUCCACUGCACACAGGGCAAGGAUAGAACCGGGCUGAUUGUCAGUCUCGUUCUGUUCAUCCUGGAUGUACCGCUCGAGGCGAUUGAGCAUGACUACAUGCUAACCAGUGGUGCGCUCGAGUCUGAGAGAGAGGAGAGACUGGCCGAGAUGAGAGAGAUCGGUCUCACAGACGACUGGUUCGAGACGGCGCCUGACAUGAUUGCUCGGACGGCUCGUCAUCUCGACGAUGUCCAUGGUGGGCUCAACGAAUAUCUGGACAAGAUCGGCUUUGGCCAAGCCAAUCGCUUGAAGCUUCGGGAGUUGCUGUUGUACUGAUCCAGCCUGGCUGAAGAAGACUUAAUUCGUCACCCAAGCUCCGCACAGCAAUACAAUAGCCCAUAGGCAAACCUCACUCGUCUCGGAGCCUGAGUGAUGUGAACUUUGGCUUUCUCAUUUCUUCGUGAAUCGUCCUUGCAUCCAGCAUCGGUACAUCUUGAGCUUACGAGCCCUGUUGACGAGCAUGCGUCUGUCGACACCAAGGUCAUCGACGUUGAAUUCGACCUUGAUGUCGUUAUCCGACGCUUCUUGUGUCUUGCCAGACCAGAUUCGCUCAAGCUCUUCCUUCUCGAAGAAGUACACUCGAGUGCCGUCGCCGCGCACGUAAAAGUUUUCAUCCAGAUAGCGUCCCUUCUUGAAGCGCACUUGGGCAAGGUCACCUCUUCCAUAGUCGCGGAAGCAGACCUGGCCACCCGGCUUGAGCAGACGGUGGACGUUGGCAACAGCUUGGUUCCAUUGAUUCGGAGCCAAGGCGGAGAAGAUGAAAAUGAGUAUAGCAACGUCCACAGAUCCUUCUUCCAGCCCGGGAGGGAGCUCUUCGCUCGUAACGUCCCAAACGUCGGCUUGCAUAUGGUCUUGAUUGUAGGAUUCAUGGGUCCGCAUGACCUCUACGGCCUGCUUCGAAUAAUCACAGGCAUGGACUCUCAAGUUUGGGUUCUUGUUGGUUGCGAGAAUGGGAAAGGCGGUGUUACCCGCACCGGCGCCUAUUUCAAGAAUCGUUUUCUUGCCAGCGUCCUCCUUGGUCACCUCGGACAAAAUAGGGAACUCUUGCUGCAGCCAUUUUCUGUUUUUGAAGAAGUUGGCUGUGUUGUUCUUGUAGAACAAAUCCCACAUCCUGGCUGGGUUGUUGUUCAAUCUGUCUGAGGAGUCUUGUUAGCAAGCUGUACCAAAGCAAGCGUCUUUCAAAAUAAUGGGUAUUGAUAGUGGUGUAGUCAGAUGGGAGCGAAAGACUAAUUAAGGAAAGUUUCAUCAUAGAAUUCAGAUGAACUAUGCGUAUUGCUGGGGUAUCAUCAUAACACCGGAGGAUUGGAAAAAAUCGAAAUGCAG